AUGGAUCCCGCCCUGAAGGCCAUCGUCUCGGCAGCUGGCGCAGGGGAAGAGCUUCGGAAGUACAUCGAAGACCUUGGCAUCUCCUCCGUCGGGGUCUUCGCGGAGCUAGGAGAAACGAUCCAGGAGUUCGACGAAGCCGUGGUGGAACCCCUUCGCAAGCCCUACAAGCUCAGCGAUGGCAACAUCAUAGAGGUGCUGUCCACCGACUUUCCGGUGACUCGCGCUCGCCUGCGCCACGUGUGGAAGAAGUGCCGAGAUGCCUCUUCGGCCACACCUUCGGCAGCGCCAGCCGCAACGACAACAGGCAGCACCGCUUCCGCCUCCUCCUCUAAGAAGGAACUUCCCGCUGGCUAUUGGCAGGCACAAGUCAAGAAGUUCGAGUCCGUGACGAUCAAGGGCAUAGCAAGGAGAUUCCCAGAAACAUUGCUCCUUGGCGCGGAGGCCACUUUGGCUCGCGUCGUAUCCGACGCGAAGAGCUUACAGCACAACGCCAUACCCCUAGAGGAGAUCGUCCAGACUCGCCACUUCAAAGCCUCCGGCGAGCCCAACAACCUCAGCACAGCCAAGAAGCGCUCGCGCAGCAACGAGGUGACCACGCUCGUCCUCAACGCCGACUUGCAACUAGAGGCCGAGCCCGAGGACCGAUGGCGCCCGCAAUCGCAGACAGCACUCCUCGACUGUCUGCAGGCGAUCCACAUGGCUCUCAUCUUCGUGGAGUACGCCCCGGAGCACGAGCUUGACAAGUACUUCGAGUGGUGGCAGCGAUUGGUGCGCAGCCGCCCGAACAAGAUCGAGCAGCUCAAGAUACACUGGGAGAACACCUCGUGGCGCAUAGCUCUCGCGCUCCGGAAGAGCACUCCCUUCCACGACGUCGCCUCCGAGAUCAUGAUCGACAGCCAGUCACUUCAGGAGACGAUGAGCAGAGAGGUCGCUGUGGAACGACCCACGAAGAUCGACGAGAAGGACGCGGAGGAAAAGGCCAACAACAAGGCAGGGAAUGGCAGCCCUACCGCCCCAGCAAAGGCAACGGGAAAGGGUGGGGACGCGGUCGUGGCCGCGGACAGCAGCAGUGGCGACAGCAACGCUAUCAACGACAGAACGAGGAUGAUCGAGAUCAGUGGCGUCGACGGGAUGAUGAUCGCGGUCGUGGCUCCGACCAACGUCAAUGGAGGUCGUGGAACCGCAACGACUCCACACGCCGCGAGCAUCGCGACCAGGAAUAGGGACAGCACGGGCCAUCCCCUGGGGGCCAAGCUGUUAAGUCACCAACAGGUCACAAAGAGGGACCAGAAGAUCGCUGCCAUCGACUUCGUGGUCCUUAGCUUCUUCGACGGCCUCGGGACCGCCUUCCUCGUGUGUGACAACCAUUGCAAGGAGAAGGGACUCAGUUGGCGAGGAGCUUCUUGGGAAAUCGACGAGGACCUCGUGAAGCUCGGAGUCAAGCACUUCCCCGACGUCGUGACCCGCGGCGACUUUGAGGAGGAGACCGCAGACUCGCUGUCAAAACUUGUGCAACAGCUAGACCCGUCUCGCUCAGCCCAGGUGAUCAUCGCCGCCGGACCUCCGUGUCAUGAUUUUUCACGCGUACGACAAGACGCACCAGGACAUGAAGGCACCGAGGGUUCCAAGUUCACACGCUUCGCCCAGCUUAUCGUGAACCUGGAGAAGUCAUGGAACCGCAGCCGAGCCACCCUUCUCGUGGAGAACGUGAUCCCCCAGAACCGCGCCGACAUGCGCAAGAUCGAGAAGCUUCUCGACGCGCCCGCGGUCGUGCACGACUCAGCCGACUUCGGCACUAUCUCCAGACCGAGAGUCUGGUGGUGUCGGAUACCCUGGUCCGAAGUGGCUCAUCGCAAAGACUGCCCUUUUUCGCUACGCUGGACCAGCGUGCAGGGGAUACCCAGAGUUCACUUCGAUGUCCCCAAGGACGACACACAGACGUGGGACACCCAAGGCCUCACCCUUCCACGCUGUCUAACCGAGGAGAUGAAGCCGCUCCCCUGCCUGACUACGCCCUCAGAUGACCCCAGCGGUCGCCCGGCACCACGGAGUGCCAAAGGGAAGAUCAGCAGCGACGCCACGCAACGCUGGAUGGCUGACAAGAAGAAGUACGCCCCGUGGCACUACGAGUCGGGGGUCAUGAUGACAGAUGGACAAGGCCGAUGCGUCAUACCGCCCGCCUCCGUCAAGGAACAAUUCCACCACCUGCCUGUUGGAUGGACACGAGACCUACAUGACCACGCUCGACACAAGGCCUUGGCGAACGGAUGGCAUGCAGGAGCCGCUCGCCUCAUCUUCACCAUGGCUGUCUUCGCCGCUACAGUGCCGACCCCUUCUGCAGAGCUGAACCCUCUAGGCGACUACGACGACUUCGACCUCUCCUACCUGGACGAUCCAACAGAACACUGGGAGCGGUCGCGCAUCAUGCCACAUCCCGACUUCCGCGACGCCGCCCUAGAGCCUGGUCUUGAACAAUGGUUGGAAAUUUGGAGACGGAUGCGCCCGCACCUACCCGACCUAAGACACGCAGUUGUCGAGCAGGUCGAGGAGAUGGUCGUCGACAUGAGCGAAACGACAGCCCAAUGGUUCUCCUCGCUGAAGCCCCACGUCCAGAAAGCGUACUUCAGCCAACAACGAACAUGUUCGCUACAGCUACCGGUUCUACGCAUCAUAUGCGAAAGGUUCGGCUGGCAAGACCCCGACAUCUUCGAGGAGCUCACUCGAGGUUUUCGGCUCCUGGGGCCGAUAACCCCAGGACUCGGUUGGCGCAAACGCAAUGAUCUCCGCUACGCCAACCCGUUGCAGUUUGACGACUUCAUCGACAAGAACGAACGCUACGUGUGCGACAAACUUCGGAGAGUCGACCCGUGUUGGGAACAGUUGGCGAACGAAAUCGCGGAGGACGUUCGCCUCGGACGCAUGGAGGGCCCAUUCACAAGUCCGACUACCUGGCCCAAGACAGCGGUUCCCCUCGCAACGCACACACACACACGAGCAGACUUCUACCAGGUGGGCUCCGACAACAAGCCGAAGGUACGCAGAGCUGAGGACUGGAGGAGGUCGUUCGCAAAUGCGACAGUGGGAGUCUCCGACACGCCGCCUUACCACGAUGUCUCAGCAUAUGUCCGCCUCGCGGUCGCGAUCAAAAAGGUCGACCCUUCGGCGAAGCUUCUGAUAUGGGGCCUUGACCACGAGUCCGCCUACCGCCAGCUAGCCGCGGAAGACCCGGACCAUACUUGGGUGGUGCUGCCCACGCCACACGGCAUCACUUUAUGGAGACACACAGUCUUGAUGUUUGGUUCAGUUGCGUCAGUGUGGUCUUACUGUCGCGUCGCAGAUCUCAUGUCAUGGCUUUGUCGGGCAUGUCUGUUGACGCCGGCCCUGCACUUCGUCGACGACUUUGGCAGCUGCGAGGACGACAAGCUCGCACACUCCUCCUUCGAGUACUCGAAACGCCUUUGCCGUGCAAUAGGUUUUUCUUUUAAGCAAUCUAAGGAGCAGCCGCCGGACCGUUCGCAAGUCAUCCAAGGUGUGGACAUCUCAGUGCACGCAGACUACGUCAUGGUGCAAGGCACGUCCUCGCGUCGCCAACGACUUGACGCAGACCUGGUGGCGGUCCUCACGGCCGACAGACUACCACCGCACGAGGCGUCGAGUUUGGCGGGGAAGCUUCAGUUCUUCUGCCAGGCCCUGAUGGGCAGGUCUCACGCAGCAGCUUUGAAGCCACUCUUCGCUCGAGCCAAACAGACAGGCCACGGCCGUGACCACGCCGAGUGGAGAUUGAACGACCAGCUUCGCCAUGGCAUCGGCCUCAUUCGCUGGAGCCUACAUCACGCCUCGCCGAGGCAGUUGAUGUUCCGAGCACAGCCCCGAUCCGUGAUCUACGCAGACGCCUUCUUCAACCUCUUCGAGAAGGACUGGAAGCCUUCUGACGAGGACAUACCACAGUGGGGAAGGACACCACCAGAGACGCUUCGCAACGGUUGGGGUUUCGUGGCCACUGCCCGCGGCCAGACUUUUUACGCCGCAGGUCGAGUUCCCCACUGGUUUGUUCGGGAAUUCGCAAGACGCAGAGCCUACAUCUACAUGCUCGAAAUCGUGGCUCAAAUCCUGCCGCUGCUCGUCUUGUAUGACCGCAUCGACCAGCACGUGAUCAUGUUCGUGGACAAUGAACCAGCCCGCCACGCUCUGUCAAAGGGCUUUGGCAAGGAUGACUCGAUCAACAGACUGCUCCAACACAGUUGGCGCUACAUCGAGGAGAUCCGACUCCGCCCCGCUUGGCAACGAGUCACUUCUUCAGCCAACGUGAGCAACGCAGUCAGCCGCGGUGACCUUCGCCACGCUCGAGCUGAAGGCUGGACCUUGGUCGAAGCCGAUUGGGAC